AUGGGUCGCCAGAUCAGGCCUGCGCGGAUCUACCAGACCGUGAGCCAGGAGCUCAACUCCAAAAUCCUCCCCCAGUAUCCCGUCUAUGAACCACCAUGGUUCCAGGUCAUGAGGGAUAUCCCCCCUUCCGAAAUUAUUACGAGGCCGACGAUCGUCAAUACCCAAAACUCCAACCGCAAGCUUCGCAAGCCUCAUGGCAUUUACAAACCUCAACAGAUCGUACAUGAGGAGGACUCCCUACGGAAGACGUUCUUCAGAGACCACCCUUGGGAAUUGGCCCGUCCGAGAAUGAUUUUGGAGACAGAUGGAAAGGACUACCAGAAAUACGACUGGUCCAAGGGCGUCCGCCAAUACAGAACGCCUUUGACUGGUGAAUGCGUCGUCCAGCGACAGCUUUGGCUCAUGCAAAACAAAAAGCACCCGAGAGCACAGGCAUACGACAUUGCGAGAAAGGAGUUCUACGCGGCGCGCCAGGAGGAGGAGAUUGAGAAGCGCGUCGCCAGGGAGGAGGCGAGACACGUCGGAGCGUACUUUGGCAAGAACAGAUUGCAGAUCGCACAGGAUCUGGAAGACAGAGAAUUUGAGGUCUGGAAGGGCUGGGCGGGCGCCAGGGCUGUCGCAAUCGAGCAGGCGCGCACUGCCAGCUACGCCAACUUUGGUGAAGAAGCGACGGAGGAGACUGCUGCCGAGGCGGAGGCGGCAGAAACGGCGGAGGCAGCGAAGGCGGUUUGA